AUGAGAGACGCGUCGUGGAGAAAUGUCUCUGAAGUUCUGUCGGAGCUGGACGGGACAGGUGAGGAGGAGGAGGAGGAGGAGAGGGAGGGAGGCGCAGGGAGCGGCGGUGUGCGCGUCCUCGUCGGCUGCGUCCUGUUCCUGCUCAUCGUGUCCACCUUGCUCGGGAACACGCUCGUGUGCGCGGCCGUGGUGAAGUUCCGCCACCUCCGCUCCAAAGUCACAAACUUCUUCGUCAUCUCAUUGGCUGUUUCCGACCUGUGCGUGGCCGUGCUCGUGAUGCCGUGGGAGGCCAUCACCGAGGUCACAGGCACGUGGCUGUUCGGACGCUUCUGUGGCGUGUGGAUCGCCUUCGACAUCAUGUGCUCCACCGCCUCCAUCCUCAACCUCUGCAUCAUCAGCGUCGACCGCUACUGGGCCAUCGCCAGCCCGUUCAAGUACGAGCGGAAGAUGACCCAUCGCGUGGCGUUCGUCAUGAUCGGGGUCGCGUGGACGCUGUCCAUCCUCAUCUCCUUCAUCCCAGUGCAGCUCAACUGGCACCAGGCGGGCGAGGAGGGCGAGAUGAUGGAGGAGGAGGUGGUGGCAGUGAUGGCCGCCUUAAUGAACAGCAGCACCGGGGCCAAGAGCUGUGUCGCAAACUUAAACAGAACCUACGCCAUCUCCUCAUCCUUCAUCAGCUUCUACAUCCCCGUGGUGAUCAUGAUCGCCACCUACACCCGCAUCUACCGCAUCGCUCAGACCCAAAUCCGUCGCAUCAUGUCUUUGGAGCGGGCGGCGGAGCAGGCACAGAACCAAGGCCACAGCGUGAACCAGCAGCACAGGCCCAACGACGAAGCCUCGCUGAAGUCGUCGUUCAAGAAGGAAACCAAAGUCCUGAAGACGCUCUCCAUCAUCAUGGGCGUCUUCGUCUUCUGCUGGCUGCCGUUCUUCGUCCUCAACUGCACCGUCCCCUUCUGUGAUCCGCCUUGCGUCAGCGACACCACCUUCACCGUCUUCGUCUGGUUCGGCUGGGCCAACUCGUCCCUCAACCCCGUUAUUUAUGCUUUCAACGCGGACUUCCGCCGGGCCUUCGCCACCAUUCUCGGUUGCAAUAGGAUCUGUUCAAACAACGCGGUGGAGGCGGUGAACUUCAGUAACGAGCUUGUUUCCUAUCAGCACGACACGACCCUCCACAAGGAGGCGCUGGUCCCUGUGCAACAGCAGCAGCAUCCUUGCAGUAUUAAUGCCGGCUGUGACCACCUGGAGGACGUGAGCGCACAGUUUGACGAGGAGUCGCUCGUGUCUAGCGGCUCUCGGAGCCACAACAGACUCCUGCGGCUUCCUGCUGCCGUCCGGUUCGAGGAUGACCCGGAGAUCUCCUUGGAAACGAUCUCGCCGUUCACCUCGGUGGCCGGGCCGGAGAGUGGCGCUCCGAUACCUGGACAGGUGCAGCAGGUUGGAUAGAACAGAACUACACAGGGAUUUUCACUGUGCCUCCUUCAAAAUAAAAGAAAGAACUUCAGUUGGGAUGAAAUCUGAUUUGUUCCCCAGAACAUUAAGAAAAAACAUGAACCAUCUAAAUUACCGAAUGU